AUGGCCGGCAACCGUGCAGAACAAAGUUUGUAUUUCGUGAGACAAGUUGUAGAAGGACGAUGGUUUUCGGUGUUCGCGUCGUUUCUGAUCAUGAUCGGUGCGGGCUCGACGUACGUUUUCGGAACAUACUCCAAAGUCAUGAAGGCUCAAUUCGAUUACAGCCAAACCCAAGUUAACACCUUGGGAUUCUUCAAAGAUUUGGGCUCCAACCUUGGCGUUUUCGCCGGCCUCCUCGCCGAGGUGGCACCGCCAUGGGUUCUCUUCGUCGUCGGCUCGUCGCUCAACUUCGUCAGCUACUUCAUGAUUUGGCUCUCCCUCACUCACCGGAUCGCCAAGCCUGAGUUUUGGCACAUGUGCACUUACAUUUGCUUGGCUGCCAAUUCCCAGAAUUUCGCCAACACAGCGGUUUUGGUCACGAGCGUGAAGAAUUUCCCCGAGCGAAGAGGGAUUAUUCUGGGGCUGCUCAAGGGCUUCGUUGGAGUUGGAGGGGCCAUCUUAACACAGAUGUAUUUGGCCAUUUAUGGCCAUGAAAAUCAAGUCAAUUUGGUGCUUCUUCUUUCGUGGUUUCCCACCAUUAUAUCUCUUGUGUUUUUGCUCACAAUUCGACCAAUCAAAGUUCGGAAACAUCCGGACGAGCUCAGGGUGAUGUACCACUUGCUCUAUGUGUCCAUAAUUCUGGCUUUGUUUCUCUUGUUCUUGACCAUAACCCAAAAGCAAGCUGUUUUCUCUCAAGAGGGCUACAUGAGUGGGGCUGCGGUUAUUGCCUCCUUGCUAUCUAUCCCUCUUUUGAUCGCUGUUAGGGAAGAAUUCUUGCUGUUCAAGCUCAACAAGGAAACCACAAACCCGUCGGUCACGGUUUCGAUUCUUGAUCAGCAGAGACCUGCACCGAUGUUGGACGAAAUUGUAGAAGCUGAACCCUCAUGUAUGUCAAGUGUGUUUAACAAGCCCCAAAGAGGGGAUGAUUACACCAUCUUGCAAGCUCUCUUCAGCAAAGACAUGGCUCUUAUUUUCGUCGGGGCGCUCUGCGGAUGCGGCUCGUCCAUUGCCGCCAUUGACAAUCUAGGCCAAAUCGGAGAGUCACUUUACUAUCCCGCUCAGUCCAUAACCAUCUUCAUUUCCUUGAUUUCCAUAUUCAAUUUCUUCGGCCGGGUCUGCUCAGGCUUCAUCUCCGAAACGCUUAUGACCAAACACAAAUUACCCCGUCCUCUCAUGUUCGCCCUCGCCCAUCUCCUCACCUGCAUUGGCCUCCUCUUCGUCGCCUUUCCAUUUCAUGGUUCGAUCUACAUCGCUUCGGUCGUCGUUGGGUUCGGGUUUGGAGCCCAAGUUCCGAUGGUAUUCGCCAUUAUCUCUGAGCUCUUCGGUCUCAAACGCUACGCAACCCUCUUCAACUUUGGACAACUCUCGGUCCCGAUCGGAUCUUAUAUACUAAACGUGGAUAUAAUAGGGAAGUUGUACGACAUGGAAGCAAGAAAACAGGGUACUACGAAGAACGGCAAGGGUUUAACUUGCACGGGCCAUGAGUGCUUCAGCACCUCUUUCACAAUUUUGGCAACAGUAACAUUGUUUGGGGCUUUGACUUCGCUUGUGCUGGCUUUUAGGACUCGAGACUUUUACAAAGGCGACGUAUAUAAUAAAUAUAGAGAGGACAUGUGGAUGCCUGAAUCGGAUAUGGAAUUCUAUUGCUUAGAUAACAAGAAAAAAAGCAACGACAAUCAUCCCAAUAUUGUGGUAUUAGAUUAUUUGCACUCGAAAGAGUUGGAAUUUCCAUUAGAAGGAAAGCCGGAUGAUAUGGGAGAAAAAGAAUGGAAGAAGUUGGACAGGAAAGUGUUGGGUACGAUUCGCUUGACAUUAACUAAAAAUGUUCAGAGCAGCGUGGCGAAAACGACCACAAUGGGGUUGAUGAAUGCCCUAGCCAACAUGUAUGAAAAAGCCUCGGUAAAUAAUAAGGUGUAUCUUGCAACUAAAUUUUUUAAUUUGAAAAUGGCUGAAAGUACACCUAUUACUGCCCAUUUAAAUGAGUUUGAUGUGUUGAUUAACAAAUUGGUAGCUGUUGAUUUAGAAUUCAGUCAUGAAGUUUAUGCUAUUUUGUUAUUAAGAUCUUUGCCUGAUAGUUGGGAACCCAUGCGAGCUGCUAUUUCAAAUUCUUGUGAGAAAGAGAAAUUGAAAUUUGAAGAUGUUAGAGAUGCAGCUCUUGCAGAAGAAAUUCGCAGGAAGGACUCUGGUAUCGCUCCUACUUCUGGUUCAGUAUUGAAUGUGGACAGAGGAAGAAAUAAUAACAGAGGUUAUGGGAAUCGAGGCAAGUCGAAAAACAACAGAAGCAGGUCGAGAAACAGCAGGUUUGAGUGUUGGAAUUGUGGUAAGAUUGGACACUUGAAGAGCAAUUGCAAGGCCCCGAAGAAAAAUGAAGGGAACGAAGCCGAUGCUAAUGUUGCUGAGCAGAUACAUGAUGCUUUGGUUAUUGCAGUUGAGAGCGCUCAUGACACAUGGGUGAUGGAUUCAGGAAAUCAUGGAAAAGUAUAUCUUGCCGAUGGAGAGCCUUUGGAUAUCAUUGGUAUCGGUGAAGUGAAUUUAAAAAUGGCGAAUGGUUCAGUUUGGAAAAUUCGCAAGUUGGAUAAUGAAGGAUGUGAAAUAUCCUUUGGUCAAGGAAACUGGAAAGUUACAAAGGGUGCCAUGGUGAUUGCUCGAGGAAGCAAGUCAGGAACUUUGUAUGUCAACAACAAUGAUAAAGACAUGGUGGCUGUUGUAGAUCAUUCGAGCUAUACUCAAUUAUGGCAUAACGUACUGGGACAUAUGAGUGAAAAAGGUAUGAAAAUUCUUCACUCUGCAGGGAAGUUACAGGGACUUAAGGCAGUUGACCACAAGCUGUGUGAAGGUUGUGUAUUUGGGAAGCAGAAGCGUGUCAGUUUCUCAAAAACAGGUGCAGCGCCAAACCUACGAAAUUGGAGCUGGUUCACACUGAUGUAUGGGGCCUUCUGA